AGUGCGGAUCCCGGAACACUUUAUUCAGCAAUCGCGAAAUUACCUGAGCAGUGCGGCACGAGAUCGACGUCGACGUGCUAAGCUUUAUGUGCAUGUCUACCGUGCAUCGCGUGGCCUGUUCACCGAGACUCCAAUUCGCCUGCAUCUCACCAACUGCAGUAUGAUGAGCCAGGCACGACUUCACAGCAUCACUGCCGACACAGCCUGCUGAUUUACCUUCCUCGUCACCCCGGCUUGUCACCAACAUUAUUACCGGGCACCCAUUCAGCACCCCACAUCGGACAUCACCUGUGAACCUCAUGUUCCAACACAAUUGAACAUCGUCGGCGAGACUUGCACGCACGCACCGCCAUGCCCCAAAGCGACGUGUCCUGCCGUACAACGGAGGGUAAUCCUCGUAAACGUCGCAAGGUUUCGUCUCCCUCCAUGGCUCCUUCCGCAGCCUCGCCUUCAGAUACAGAAUCGCAGCCCGCGGGCACGACCAUUCCAAUACCAGUCGCGGAUGCUCCAAUGCAAAUGACAGUCAUGGAAAAACAACCUUGUGCCCACGAAGGGAAAUUGAAAGCGCUCGGGACGGAUAUCAGUGCUAUGCGAGAUUUGCUCACUUGCAAGAUCUGCCUACGAUUGCACUACGAACCAUACACCCUGCUUUGUGGCCACACCUUCUGCUACUCGUGUCUGUCGCGGUGGAUGGGCCAGGCGCCAAAACCAACAUGUCCGGACUGUCGGACUGUGAUCAAAGAGGAACCACACCCGUCAUAUGUGAUCCGCGAACUCGUUCUGGUAUUCACAGGAAAGGAUGAGCUCCUCGACGACGGAGAGACUGUGGAGAAGCACCAGGAAUAUGCAAGAGAAGAAGCGGAGGCAGUCGCCCAGGAUAGAGCCAAUCAGGACCCCAGAACAGGAGGUUUAUUCAAGGGAGUUUUCCGAAGACACGCAAAUCGGCUCGUAGCGAUUCGCGACCAUGAGGACAAUGUCUGGCGGUGUCCAGAGUGCCAUCACGAGGUUGAGGAUGGCUGGUGUCACGCUUGUCAGGAAAGAGUGUACGGCGACACUGACGACGACGAUCACGACUUGUGGUCCGACGAUUCCGAUUCCAUGAGCGAAGAGCUCGACCAUGAUCUCGAGCUCGAAGAUGAGGCGAUCUUCGCAGAAGGUGCAGAACAUUUCCCAUUCGCAGAUAUUGAGGCAGAGGAUGAUGAGGGAGACAUAGACAUCGAAGACUACAUGAGGCAAAGAGACCUGCUGCAUGCCUUCGGCCGCGCCGAGGGCGAAUAUCCUAUCUCAACCUCAUCCUCUUCUGGGGACGAGGACGAUGACGAGAAUGAGGACGAGAAUGACCCCGAAAUGGACAGCUUCAUCGUCAACGACGACGAAGUGGAGUAUGAAGGCGAACCUACAAGCGAGGAUGUGCACGAACCUUCAGUUAUCACUGUGGCCGAUGAUGAGGACGACGACGACGACGAUGACGAUGAUGCCCCGGUCGUUACACAACAGAGGCGUGCACGAGCAACAAGGACAAUUAUAAUAGACAGUGACGAGGAUGAAGACGAAGAUGGUGGCGACAACGAUGGCGACGAUGAUGGCGAUAGCCACAUCAACUCGGUUCCAAUGAAUCUGACAUUCCGGCGCGGCUGGAGGAAUCAAACACACGUUGUAAGCAGCGAUGAUGACCAAGAUGAGGAAGACGACGAAGGCACUCAGCGCGACGAGGAAGGCACAGAGACCGGCGAUCCGAGCGAACAGGGCAGCGAGGAUGAGGACGAUGGCGAAUCCGUUCAAAGUGGAGUGCCUAGCAGCAGUGCCGCCGGCGAAGGUUUCUCGCCGAUGCAGCACAGCAUGCGGACAGGCUACGAUUAUUACGAUGAUGAAAACGAACAAGACGACGACGAUGACGACGGCGAUGAUAACAACCAAGGCUGGAGCGAGGGUGCCGCGCGCUGGGGUUCGCAUCGUGCCGCUCCCUGAGGAAACCCCCCAACACACGAUCUAAUUCGUAUAUUCUCUCACAGGCAGAUCCGCGUCCGCGUCCGCGUCCUCCUCAUCCUCUGGUGUUCACAACCACGACGAGAACCAUUUCGGCGCCCACUGGCGUCGAUCGGCCGACGUCCUCCGCCGCGUCGCACCAGAGCAUCCCUUCCAAUUAGAGAACGUCCUGGC